UACACUCAUCGCGCCGGUAUUUUCCGCACCGCUGAACCUCUAACCUCCCGAGAGCUGGCCGGUCGCCAGGUGAGUGCCACGCGUGCGAUGUGUCACCCGUUUGACCGCAGGUCAGCUGUCGGGUCGUCAACCUGCCGAUGUAGCGGGAUGAAUCGUUGAGCAAUAUGAAUCGUUGAAGCGAGGCAUGCUCAUGCGUAGAAACUAUGGAUCUUCUAGGGUUGUUGAAUGAAUUAGCAGACAUUUUCGUGGUAUUUUACUAAAUCAAAACCAAUAAUAAAGCGUGCGGUCGACAAACACGGGUACAUUAGAAGUGGAUACACUGACGAAGACCACGAACUAAUAUCCCUGGACUGCUGGCAGACCAUUAACUGCUAAAUCGAGGCAUGAGACAAGAAAGCUUCCGGUUUAUUCACAUUUCAGAUUAACUACUAGAACGAGGCAUGACUGAUCACUUCGAAAGAGGCUAAGCGUUGGUCUUGGCAGACAGACAGCAGUCCACUUAACACGUCCUUGCGAAGACAGUUCUGUGAUCAGCUCGCGUACUCCGGAGUUUGUGUUGCUGUACCCUUCAGUGAUACCCGAGUCAUCUUGCAAGUGUAAAAGAAUGUCUUCCUACAUAUUGCUGCAGGAAGAUUGCCACCUCUAUCGCGCACUAUACAAAAAUAAAAUCCCGCCGCGUAACGAACUUUUUUUCCCCAAACGGAUGGCGUAUGCUGUGGACCUGGAAGAUGGUAAUUUUGACAUACCAAGUACCAUCAUACGCAACAAGGCUGACUGCCCAAGCUUCGAGAACACCGCAACGUUGACGAUGAAUGACCUCGUUAUCAACACAGUGAUUCAUAUUUUUUCCAAUCUACGACUAGACAAACGGGAACUCCAGGAGAAAGGAGAACUGAAAGAUGACAAACCUAAAGAAAAAGCUGCGGAUGCUGAUGAAAGAAUGAUGGAAUCAGCUGAUGCUAUUGACGACUCUGAUGAGGAAGGAGACAACACAAAGAUGGACCAGGGCAGCAAGAAGGGAUCAGUUGAACGCUGGGGCUUUGACAUGCAAGAAGAAUACAGUUCCUACAUGUCUCGAAGAGAAGCUUUACCAAAGGCAGCCUUGCAGUAUGGAAGGAAGAUGUCUGAUGGUCGUAAAUCACGUAGAGUUGGACCCAGACUAGACAGGGAACUUAAACAAAGCCACAGAGUCACCGAGAAACUAAAAGCUGGUGAUUCAAGGAAGCAUAACUAUUAGUUUCAGCAAUUGAAAAAACAUCAGGAUACACAGAUCAUAUGCUGUUGGUGUUUGCAAGCCCAAAUAUUUGCUGGUGAUAUUUUUUUCUUUAAGUUUUGUUCCAUCUUUUCUUUCGCUCAUUCAUGUUUGAUUAUUAAACUGUGUUUGCUUGAUAA